CCACCAGUAACCAAAAGAAGAAGAAUUAUUUGUUUUUCACUGUACACGCGCGUUCGGUAGUAACGGACUACUAUACAUUUAUUAUGGAUUACGUAAUCGGAUUACAAAAACCAGCCGAGCCUCGUAUUGAGAUGGAGCGGCCGCCAGCGUUUGACCAUUGGAUGUUUAAACAUCAUUUCACUUUCAAAGAGACAAGAGGGAGAAACAUUACUGUUCAAUGCAACCUCUGCCUUCCAAAGGUCAACAUCUUAUCCACUGCAAGAGACUCCACAUCUAACCUAAAAAAGCACUUGGAGAGAAAGCAUGCCGAGCAUUAUAGGAAGAGCCCAAGUAGAGAUGGACCAAGCGAUUCGGGACAUGAAGUUGAAGGACCAUCAGAAAAAAAACAUGCUAAGAUGGAUCACGCCAUUAAUAAUUACACAACACAAUCAAAAUUAAACGCCCUGGUUUUUAAUUUUAUUGUGGAGGAUGUGCAACCCAUUUCAAUUCUAGAGCAACCUGGGUUCAGGAAGUUAAUCGAAGUGUUAAGCAGAGGCAAAAAGGUCAUGAGUCGCAAGACUUUUGAUUGCAGGCUUGAAGCAGCAUAUGAUAAAAUGAAAGAGGAGCUGAAAAAGAAACUUGACACAGUGCAGUCACUGUGUACAACUGCUGAUAUAUGGACCGUGAACAACCGAAGCUAUUUCGGAAUGACUUGUCACUGGCUUGAGGACAAUCUUGAAAGGAGGUCUGCCGCUCUUGCCUGUACAAGAAUCUAUGGCAGGCACGCUUGCGAAACGGUUAUAGCGAAAAUUCAAGAAAUCCAUUCUUCCUAUAACAUCGAAAGCAAAAUUCGGGCAACUGUCACCAAUAAUGUUAGUCAUUUUGUGAAAGCCAAAGAGUUCUCAUCUGAAGAUGACUGCGAAGUGGAUGAAAGUCACUUUGAGGAUUUGGGUAGUAUUCUUAGUGAGGGAGAAAUGGGCGAAGACUUCUUUCUAAGUUAUUUCUUACCACCCCACCAACGUUGUGCUGCUCAAACAUUGAACUUGAUUGCAUCGAAGGAUCUAGCGGAUGCCAUCUCAAAUGGGCCGACACAUAAAGUGCACGAUAGUUCAACAGCAAAAUGUGCAGCAAUAUGGCACAAGGCACGAGGUUGCUCUACUGUAGUUGCUGAUGCAAUGGAAUCCAUUGCAAACAUGCAAUUCACAGUUCCCUGCAUGAAUCAGUGGAGUUCAAAAUACUUUGCUGUUCACAAGUUAAUGUCACUUACUGAUACACAGCUCACAGAACUGACCGACUUAUUGGACGUCCCAAAUUUUAUGCCUGAAGAAAUAGCAUAUCUGAAAGAAUAUGCAGAUGUUUUCAAAGCAGUCGCUGUGGCUUUUGACCUUUUGCAGGGUGAAGAAAACUGUUUCAUUGGCAUUGUGAUACCAACGUUGUUAACCCUCAAAAGAAAGCUCCAGGAGAAGGUGGCAAAAACACGCUUUUUCUCGGAGGUCAUUGACCAAAUCAUCAAGGCAAUUGACUCUCGCUUCAAGCAGGUCUUUGAUAGUCCUGAUGCCAGAUUAGCCACAACCACCAUGCCACAAUUUAGGUUGUGGUGGUUACCAGAAGGCGAAAGAGAAGUGUUACGAGUGCAGUUAGUAACUGAGGUUUCACAGUUUGUCCUUGUGCCUGAAACAGCCAACACUAAUGUAGGCUCUGGUAAUGAGGAUGAAUUCUUUUCAUAUGGACCUGGAAGUUCUGGGAGAGAUGGAAACAGGGGAGCAGCCGAAGAGGUACGGAUGUACCUGGAGGGCACAAACAAAGAUCUGAAAUGCCUCGAUGAAUUCCCACGUGUCAAAAAAGUCUUCAUCAAAUUCAACACAACUCUGCCUUCAAGUGCUCCAGUCGAACGGCUCUUCAGCCAUGAGGGAAAUAUUAUAACCCCAAAAAGAAAUCAACUUGCAGAUGAACAUUUUGAGCGCGUGCUGCUCCUCCGUUACAACAGCAAAAUAUGCUCCAUGGCUUUGGAAUAAUGCAUGAACUGGAACAUUGACAAUGUUUACUGCACACAAGCUUAAUGGUUAGAAUGAUUUUUGUCAAUGAAGGUGUAUUUAAUGGAGUUGAAUGAUCUGAGUUUCUUAAAAGCAACCUGUGUGUGUCCAGCUGCAAGAAAGUUUUUAUUUCUUUAAUUAAUUUUGAUUCAUAUCAUACAUUUACUAAUUUAUUCUAAUUUUAUGUACAGCCUUGGCCAUAAGUAUUGGCAGUGACAAAUUUUGUGUUUUGCAAAGUUUGCUGUUUCAGUAUUUGUAGAUUAUUUUUUCACAUGUUUCUGUGGUAUACUGGAAAACAAUGAUAAGUGUUUCAUAAGUUUUAAAGGCUUUUAUUGGCAAAAACAUUCAAUAUAUGCAAAGAGUCAAUAUUUACAGUGUUGACCCUUGUUCUUCAUAACCUCUGCAAUUCGCUCUGGCAUGCUGGAUAUCAGCUUCUGGGUCAAAUCCUGACUGAUGGUGAUCCAUUCUUGCCUUAUUAGCACUAGAAGUUAAUCACAAUUUGUGGGCUUCUGUUUGUCCACUCGCCUUUUGAGGAUUGACCACAGGUUCUCAAUGGGAUUAAGCUCCGGGGAGUUGCCUGGCCACGGAUCCAAAAUUUCAAUGUAAUGAUCUCCGAGCCACUUCAUUAUCACUCUUGUCUUGUGACAUGAUGCUCCAUCAUGCUGGAAAAUGCACGGAUCAUCACCAGAUUGCUCCUGGUUUGUUGGGAGAAGUUGCUCUUGCAGGACGUUUUGAUACCAUUCUUUAGUCAUGGCAGUGUUUUUGGGCAGAAUUGUGAGAGAGCCCACCCCCUUGAAUGAAAAGCAACCCCACACAUGGAUGGUCUCAGGAUGCUUCACUGUUGGCACUACACAGGACUCAUGGUAGCGUUCACCUUUUCUUCUCAGGAAAAUCGAUUUUCCAGAUGUCCCAAACAGUCGGAAUGGUGCUUCAUCAGAGAAAAUAUCUUUGCACCAGUCUUCUGCUGUCCAAUCCUUGUACUUCCAGCAGAAUUUCAGUCUGUCCUUGAUGUUUUUCCUGGAGAGAAGUGGCUUCUUUACUGCUCUUCUUGACACCAGGCCAUUGUCCAUAAGUCUUCACCUCACUGUGCGUGCAGAUGCACUCACACCAACCUGCUGCCAAUAUUGAGCAAGCUCUGCACUGGUGCUGACACGAUUUCAUAGCUGACUCCUCAGGAGGAGACGGUCCUGGCACUUGCCGGACACUCUGGGACAUCCUGAAGCCUUCUUCACUGCAGUUGAACCUCUAUGCUUGAAGUCCUUGAUGAUCCGGUAAAUGGUUCUUUCAGGUGCAAUAUUCUUUGCAGCAAUUUCCUUGCAUGUGAGGCCAUUUUGCUGCAAAGUGAUGAUGGCUGCACGUUUUUAUUUAGAGGUAACCAUUGUAAACAAGAACACAAUGAUUGGAAGCACUUCUUCCCUCCUUUUAUAGCAAUCAGUCUGCUCUUAUAAGCCAAUCAGAAUGAUAGAGUGAUUUCACCUGACUAGAACUCGUUCACAGUUUCCCAGGUGCUGCUAAUAUGAUUAGUGAAAUGAUGUUAGCUGGUCAUUUUGUGCCAGGACCCAAAAAACAUUGAAACUUGGGUUUUUGUGAUAAAGAAAAAAAAUUUGACCAGUGAAGCUUUUUGCAAUUAUUUAAAAUGCAUCUGAUCACUCUGCACAAUAAUCCAGAAACAAUGUGAAUCAACACCACUACAACUGAAGCAGAAAACUUUGCGAAACACAACAUUUAUGUCACUGCCAAUACUUUUGGCCACCGCUGUAGGCCUAGUAAUUCUAAGGUAUUACGUCCAUUUUAUAUUGUUCUCAGUAUGUAUAGCAAUUGUAGUAUAAUGUUAUGUUGUGUUCUGUGUUGUCUUGAGGUCUCAAGACCUUGUUAAAAACAUUUGUCGAACAACUGUUGAAUCUGUUGUUUUUCCUAUUUUCUCCAAAAAAUAUUUGUAGGUUGUUUUGCAAAAAUAACAUGCAUUACAUUUGAAACAUUAUGCCAAAUAUUUUUUAAUCAAAAACAUUGUUACUUUAAUUUUUUUUUUUUUUACUUCUAGUCAUAUGAUUUGUUAUCUCCACAUUAAGUUUCAUAAUGAACCCAGCAUGAUUGGUCAUGAAGUAAUCUAGAUUUAUAAAAAACUAGAUUUACCUCUAAAUUUUCUUAUCCCCAAAAGUCACAUUCAGAGCUAUUCAAAAUGUUGAUAUGUUGCUGCUAUUUUAUACCAGUUUAUAUACUCAAAGCCAUGUUCUCGAGUCUACCUGUGAUGAAAUGGCUGUAACACUUAGUUUUGAAUGGCUUAUUGAUUUAUGUAACUAGUUCUUUUGGGAAAGAGCACAUGCUUUACAUUGAGAGUGUUCUGUGUUCAAUACAUGUUAAGCCUAAUCAACAGCAUUUGUGGCAUAAUAUUGAUUACCACAAAAAGUAAUUUUUGACUCUGCCCUCAUUUAUUAAAAGAAAAAUUGCAGUUACAGUACAGCAUUUACAACGGAAGUGAAUGUGCUGGUUCAUAAACAAAAAUACACACAAAGUAUAGUCACAAGAUGCAAACAUGUGUUAACAGGAAUAAGGUGGGAUAAAACAGGGAUUUACCAGUGUAACUUUGUGACUACCUUUAAAUCAAAUCUCUAAAAAUCGUUAGUUAUAUAGUUUAUCUAGUAAAUUAAAGGAAUAGUUAACUCAAAUCAUUUUCUCAUCAUUUAC